UUGAGGCGGGGCAGAAGGCGUCAGCAAUCUGUGAGACUGGCGUUUUUCUCAUUUAUGCAACUCUUCCGUUCUCCCUAACAUGCCUCAAGCAAGCAUGAAAAUAAACAGGUUCUGCCGGGGUAGGUGAUAAAGCCACGCAGCACGCGUCCAGCCCGGACUAGAAUGCGUUACAGUCUCAGUGGAGAAUACGUUUCGAGAGAAGGACUAAAUAAUAACAACAGCCUAAACUGAAACCAUGGACGUAUUAAAUUCAUGAAGAAUCUCAGUUGAGCCAUAAAGUUCUUGCUCAGGAAUCAGUAUGGCGCACCGCUCUCAGUGUUCCUCAGACGGGGAUAACCCCCUGGACCCCAAAUACCUGCCUUCCCACUGCCGUGAGGAGUACCGGCUGGCCAUUGACGCACUUGUGGAGGAUGACCUGGAGGGCUAUUAUGAAUUCCUCCAGAGUGCGGAUGUGGUGGACUUCCUUUCCAGACAGGAAAUUGAGCACAUUAGGUGCACAGUGCAAGUUCCGUACCAGAGCACUCAGCCUGAGCUCCCGUAUGUGGAGUCUGAGGGAGAUGGCUCUUCAGACACAUACUGGCCUGUCCACUCUGACUUUGAAGCACCUGGUCUUGACCUUGGCUGGCCACAACAGCAUCACUUCAUAGGCCCCACCGAGGUCACCACACUGGUUAACCCCUCUGAGCCAGAUAUGCCCAGCAUCAAGGCGCAGGCUCGUCGACUUAUCAAGAAUGCUCAACAAGUGAUCGCUGUGGUAAUGGACACCUUUACAGAUGUGGACAUCUUUGCUGAUAUUCUGGAUGCUGCCAUGCGAAAUGUUGCCGUGUAUAUCAUUCUGGAUGAACAGAAUGCACACCACUUUACUACCAUGGCUUCCAACUGCCAGGUCAAUCUGGAGAGCAUUCAAUUCAUGCGUGUCAGAACUGUGUCAGGCAUCACCUAUCGCUGUCGCUCUGGAAAGUCCUUCAAGGGUCAGAUGCUGGAUCGUUUCUUACUAACAGACUGCAGGGCUGUCCUGAGUGGAAACUAUAGCUUCAUGUGGUCUUUUGAGAAGAUUCACCGUUGCAUGGCUCACCUCUUUCUUGGACAGCUUGUGACUACUUUUGAUGAGGAGUUCCGGAUCCUGUUUGCACAGUCCCAACCUUUGGUACCAGAAAAUGUCCUUAUUCCAGUGCCAGACUACAGCAGUUUAUCUGACAGCCAAUACAGCACUGACAGGACACCAUUGUUCAGAGAUCCCAGAAAGUUCCUGCCCAUAGAGAGCUCUCGUCCUGAAGAAUGGGCUAGACAUUCCUUUGAUGACCGCAUGGAUAUGGUUCGGAAAAGGAUGCCCCCUGGAAGGCGCGAGCCCAUCCACAGGUCACUAGAUCAGGAUCCACUAGAUAUGUACAGAAACAAGUACUCCUCACAGCAAUUUAGAAUAGAGCAGCAGUCGAACACAAUGGAGUUUGCUGGCUCUAAAAGGCACAGUUAUGCAGAGGGAACUUAUGCCAGACACUCCUCCUCUCAAUUCAUGCAGCACCAAGCCAUGCACAACUUUGAGGAGGGUAUGGCAACCCAGAGCAGGAAGAUACAUAGGGAACAGCAUCACUACCAGAGAACAGGGCCAGAGCCAGGUUAUUGUGGCUACGAUGAAUUCAGGGACCAAGCGUACCCUCCGAUGGAUCAGUAUUCUGAGUCUGGGUACCCACAUGGAAUAGAGAUAGAGCCACCAGACAACUAUGACCCUGUACUGAAUUAUUUGUCAUCAUCGAACCUUGCUGUGGAGAUGGGACAUGGCUCAUACAAAUUAUCACAUCCAGGACAGGGUCCCUUUUGUCAUUCAAACGCAAAAAGACUGAGCGUGGGCCAGCCUUAUGCCUGUCAGACCUCCCCAACACAACAAAACCCGUCUGAACAUAAACAGUUUUUUGUCGGGUCUGGUUCGGACCGCAAAACACAGGAUCCCAGUGCAAAGCAGGGGAUGCGAGAUUGGAGAAUCAGCUCAUACCUCAGUGCAUAUGAUGAUGCCGGAGAAGAAGACAUUUCACAGCCUAUUGGAAAUGACCCCUUUGAAGAGCCCCUUAAUCCCUCACAAGGAAUAUUAUUUGCUCCACUGGUAUCAGAUCCCAAGUUUAAUGCCAAAGAGUUACCCAAGAUUGCAGGGCACAGGUUAAACAAGACCACACGCUCAGAACAUUCAAGAACACCAGAUAUUAUUGUUAGCAUGGCAACAGAUGAAGGCGACAAAUCAGAGGAGAUGGAUAUAAAAGAGCCCAAAAGAGAAGAGUCAUUCCGUAGGAGGUUCAACCCUGCUAUCCAAAGGACCUCUAGGCUAAGAUCUUCACUGAUCUUCAGCUCACAACUAGAACAGCAUAUCUCUCAAGAACUGAACCUUACCUCAGGCCAACAUUGCGAGGAAACUGCCAAUGAGGAAGAUGACCAAUCUAGAUUAUCCUUGACCGCUCAGAUUUUGGGAAAACGAAGAUCCAUAACAAGAGAACCUUUUGAAUGGAGAUUUAAUAAGCCAGCAACAGUUGAUAAUUCAACCAUAGAGUCUUUGAAAUCUGAGGACAUCACUACUGAUGCCGGUGAUAAGGAAUUGCCAAAGAAUCCUCCUGUGGGCACCGACAUGGCUUCUUCAAAGGAACAACCUAAACCUGACCAUGAAGAACAAACCAAAACGGGACAAUCUGCACACCCAUCCAAAUCUGCUCAAAUUGAGCAACCCAAAACCAUACAAACAGCACACCUGCCAUCUUCAUUGAGCAAUACAUCCUAUAUAGAUAUGAAUGAUCCAGACAGUAGGUUCAAGUUUUUUAAAGAGUUGGCUGCCAAACGAAAAGCUGCAAAGGCUGCAGAGUCUGAGAGCAGCGCUGAAAAAGCUCCUCUAAAUCCAGUGACUCCAUUUGACUUGAAAACAAAGGACCCAGUCACAAGUGUAGAAGCUACUUUUCCAGUGGCUCCACUAAAUCAAGCAGAUAAAUCCACCAAAAAGCCAGCUACAUCAACAGAGACCCUACUUAAACCAGAAGAUACUUCAACCAAAAAGCCAGCAACAUCAACAGAGACCCCACCUAAUCCAGCAGAUACUUCCACCAAAAAGCCAGCUACAUCAACACAGGCCUCAUCAGAAACACUGGAGACCUCACCAGUCUCACAGGAGAACAAAACAUCCAUGGCAACACAUGGCUCAUUAGAUCUUGAUGUCAAAGACCAUGCUUCUAAAAAUAAAGAACAGGAAGACCUUAAUCUUCCCAAAACUGAGAAGAUUGAGUUGAAGAACAGUCAGAACCAAAGUGUGUCUAAAGUUAACCCUAGAGAUACAAGUGCAUUUCUUAAGCACACCUCAAAAGAGUGUAUCUUUAACAUCGCCCCAAAGGAUUUUAGUUUAUAUAAACUAUCACCAAAGGAACCAAAGUCAUCAAAUCCUGCUUCAAAGGAGCUGAUCCCAUCUUUUCCACUCACCCUAACAGAAGCUAGCUCAUCUUUAUCUCAGACACCAACGAGUUCCAGUUUAACUAAUCUCACUUCAUUUAAACAUGCAGCAAAAGAUUUGAGCUCAGCCCUUACCCCCACCCUUAAGGAGUCCAGUUCAUCUAACCCCCCGUCAAAGCAGCAAUUACCAUCCUCUAAACCAGUCACAAUAGAGUCCAAUAUACCUCUGAGCCCCACCCAAUUCAAAUCAAGUGUCUCUUCUCAUCCCAUUCCAUCAAAAUCCAGCACCUCCGUUCAUACCAUCCCAUUGCAAUCAAGUCCCCCCACUAUUCCUGGUCCAGUUGAGCCAGUUGUGUCUCCCAAACCUGACAAAACUGAUUCCAAGGAAUCUCUCAGCCCUACCCCAAUGCAAUCUUGCUCGUCCUCAAUCCUUGCCCCUGCAACAGAAUUUAGCCUCCUGCCAAGCCCUACCCAAACAAAAUCCAGUUCCUUACCUAUGUCCACCUUAAUUGGGUCCACUUCAUCAACACCAAUGGAGUCUAACACCUCUCCCAAUCCCUCCACAAAGGAGUCAUUGUUUACAAUUGCCACAACUGAGUUGAAGUCACCCUCUCCAAAGACCAACCCAAUAAAUUCCCACUCCUCUCCUAGUCCUGGCCAAGAUGAGUUGGUUUUGUCCCCCAAACCCUCCAAAACAGCAUCCAACUCCUCUCCAAAGCCCACCACAGCAGAGUUCAAUGACUCUCCCAACUCCUCACUUCCAUCGGCAAAGCAUGUCACGGAACAAACUGACAAAUCUCCUAUCCUAACACCAACACAAUCUAGUUAUUCUUCCAAUCCAACAACAAGAGAACCCAACCCUCUUCCUAACAACACCUCAACAGAACCAGGUGCAUCUCCUGACCCUACCCCAACAGAUUCAAGUGCAUCUUCUAACCCUACCCAAACAAAAUCACAUUCCUCCCCUAUGUCUGCUUCAGGUGGAUCUGUUUUGUGCCCCAAGCCUGGCCAAACAAAAUCUAUCACUUCUCCAAACCUCACCCCAACAGAAUAUUGUUCCUCUCCUAAUCAUACCCCAACUGAGCCUACCUCACCAUUCAAACCUGUCCUUGUGGAAUCCAGCCCAUCAAGUAACUCAAACCCAACUGAAUCCACUGCCUCUCAUGACACUGUCCCAGCUCCAUCCGUCAUUGUGGAUAACAGUAAGGAGGACAAACUAAGUAACCUUAUCAAGGAGCAAAAAGCUGGAAGUUCUCCUGAUGCUAAAUGUGAGAAGAAAGCAGGUGAUGCUGAGACAAUGAGCAAAACUGGUCCUGGAGAAUCCGCCUCCCAUGGACCUCAGAGUCCUGAUGAGACCAAAGAGAGUAGCAGCACUAUAAAACCAGAGAGCCCUACAGAUCAAACCAAUCCCAUAUCACCCCCAGUGAAGCAAGCUAAAGUAAGCCAGUCCCACUACCAUUCAUCUACUGCCAAUGUACUCUCUAGCAGCAACCUAAGAGAUGACACAAAGCUCCUUUUAGAGCAGAUUUCUGCUAACAGCCAGAGCCGGACAGAACUCACUAAAGAAUCUGCUGUCACUGAUGAUGCCAAACAGGAUGAGGCUGACCGGGGUGUUAGUGGUAAGGAGGAAGCAUCGGCCCAAGGACAGAGCAAAGGCCCGACUAGAACUUCUCAGGAGCGGGAGAAGCUACUUCAGAGAAUUGAGAGCAUGCGGAAGGAGAGGAAAGUAUACAGCCGCUUUGAGGUAAAGUACCAUACUGUAUCAAUAGGCCAGUAGCAAUUUAACAAAAUACAAUUUUAAGGUACCUACUGUAUUAUGUUUUCACUCACACCUGCUUUCCUUCAUGUGAGCUCAUGUUUUCUGCUUAUUAUUCUGUAUUUUGAUAGAUGGCGCCUUAACCAGGGAUCGGAAGGAUGAGUGAGUAUGGAGAAAGACCAUCGCUCAUUUCCCUCAAAAAUGUGUCCUUUAACUAUGUCCAUUCCCCAAAAGACUCAAAUCACAGGUUGGAAAGGCACAGCUAGCUAACCAACAGAGAGAUAUUAUUCUCAGGUUUCUAUAUUAGAGGGUUUCUCCGAAUGGACUAUCUGCAUGUAAAGGAUUAAGGUUUUUGCGAACAUGAACAGAAACUUGACUAAGUUGACUAAGUUUACCAACAUGGACUACUGUAUAAGUAAGCAGGGACUCUACAGUGUGGACAAUGGACUACUGCUAUCUACAAGGUGGGACUGAAACAUACAAUCUCAUCAGCUAAAUACACAACUAAAUGUGCAAUAUAUUUGAAAAUGAUUGUGUUCAUAGACACACCGGACACACAGGUAUUGUUGACUGUAUGGGUCAAAUGCAAUGUAAUAUCUGUUACUCUCUGGGUUGUUUAAUUAUUGUCUGUUUGAGGAUAUGUUUUAUAUUCUAACAGCCAUUUCAAAAUACUAAAAUUAGAAUCACCAUUAAUCAUCAUAGAAAAUGUAAUCAUCAUAAACAGUGCAAGUAUAGCUUUCAAAUAGUUAAUGGACCACUUUUUUCAUUGGGAAUGCUUUAGUAGGUUAUUAGGUGUAACAAAUCAUGAUGACAAUGUGCUAGAUAAAACAAAUACAGGUAACUGCCAAAAUAAAGGAAACACUUGAGUAAAUGAGGGAUACAAAGUAUAUUGAAAGCAGGUGCUUCCACACAGGUGUGGUUCCUGAGUUAAUUAAGCGAUUAACAUCCCAUCAUGCUUUGGGUCAUGUAUAGAAAUGCUGGGCCUGCCAUUAUUUUGGAUACUAUUGCUAUACCCCUAUAGGAUGACAAUGCCCCAUCCAUAGGGCACAAGGGCACUGAAUGGUUUGAUGAGCAUGAAAACGAUGUAAAC